AUGUCAUUGCUGCAGCGUCGACGUGGAGGGAUGAGUGGUGAGUCAGCCGAUGAAGCCUUGGACCGCAUGAUCGCCCAGACUCAAGAGGAGGGAGAGAGAAGAAGAGCUCUGUCUGCUCCUAGGAGGAUGGAAGGUGGUGUGCGGAGGUUGGAAAUUCAGGCUGGAGCAGAGGGAGAUGGACGAGCUCAAGGUCGAGAAGGUGAGGUGGCGAGGCCUGCUGGUUUGCCACAAGCUUUAGGGCCUGAAGCUCCUCCGGUGGCAGCUCAGCAGGAAUUGCCGGGUGGUGGGAGAUCGACAAUGGUGGUAGGACCGCUUCUUCGGGGUGUGGCGCAAGAUGUGGCUGGUGCGGUGGGUAACCAACUGCAAGCUUUGGGGACACUUUUUCCUGGAGCUCAAGUCCGUUCUUGUGUGCCUCAAGGUGGUCCUCCUGGUGUCCUUCCUCUACAAGGUCUUCAUGCUGAACUACAUCAACGCAGUGGUCAGGGGAUCAAUGACCAAGGUGGUGGCUGUCCGAGUGGAGGGCAUGUGGGCGGUGCUAUGUUGGGACCUUUGGCUGAGCCUUUGCCGCCGUUGGUAGCUUUUCAGCUGCCGCAGCAGCAACAGAUGGGAUCAGCCGCGAGUCCACACCCGCCAGCGUUUCAUCCUUCAGGUAGCCAACCAGCUCAGGGAUUAGGAGUGAUGGUGACUCCAGUCCGAGAACCUCGAGACCUGCAGUCAGUACCCAUGGUGAGCCCGGUUCCCAUGCAAAUGGUGAGCCCGGUUCCCAUGCAGGCAUUGGCUGGAGGGGGGAACCCAGCUCCUGUUGGAACAGAUCCAUCGGGAGGGACUCAGAUGAUGAUGGACCCAGCUGCGAUGGCAGUUGAGGAGAUCAGAAAGCGGGUGAUGCGGGAGGCAGAGGAAGCUUUCGCCAAGGAGGUGAGAAGGCUUCAAGGUCAGACCGAGGAAACCCAAUCGUACCAGUCAGCAUCCAGUGGAGCUGGACAGGGACAGGCCGUGGUUGGCCAGGCCUUGGGAACUUCUCAGCCGUUGGGAGGAGUCGGUGGAAUGCCGUCUCCACCUCCAGGGAUUGAUCCGGGAUUCCAAGGAAGGAAUCAAGCUGGGCUAGCUCAGCCGGGACCAUCUCUGACUGAGGCUUUGAGGGCCCUGGAGCUACCAAAGCUUCCCACACCGGGAAGUGAAGGUGCGUCCAUCCAGUUCGGGGAUUGGAUGACUGUGGUGCAUCCACUGAUGAGUGCUCUUUCUGGAAGUGCUGGAGAAUGGUGGAGUCUGACAGUGAAAACUGUGGAACACCACUAUCAGCAGUGGCUGGUUGCCACGCCGCUGGAGAAGCUGCGCAUGAAACCAGGAUCACCAGUGAUCGGUGAAGGCUACGCAAGACUGGAACAGCGGUCAGUAUCUAUGUUGCUAGCUGCUUUGCCAGAAGGUUUGCGACAGGACGUCAUAGCAUCGCGGCGUCUCUCGACGGUCGGGAUUCUGUUCCGAUUGUUUACCACCUUUCAACCUGGUGGUUCGGGUGAAAGGACAGGAUUGAUCAAGUCCAUCAGCGAGGCCAAGGUGCCAGCAGGUUUGGUGGAACUGCUGGGGUCCGUUCGGCAAUGGCGCCGAUCAGUGGGAAGGUCGGAGGAGCUGAGUGUAACAGUGGAUCCUCUGGUUCUGACAGGUGUGUUGUCGAAGUUCGCUGACGGAGCUUCAAGAUUGGGUGGAAGUCAGGUGGCGUUCCGCUUGGCGACCAUGCGCCAACAGCUGGACGUAGAUAGAGCUCCAAGCCUUGGUUCGGUCAAAGAAUGGGCCGAGUACAUCCAAGCUGAGCUGGAAGAGUUGGCUAAUGCGCAGACUGCUGGGAAGGCGACGCCGUCGAAUCCGCCAGCGUUGGCUCCGGUGCUGACGCAGGGGAAUCCGGCUGUCAAGGCCUUCACGGGGGAAGGGCAGAAGCCAUGGGAGAGGCCAGAAGGUGAGAAAGCGCCGUGUCGUUUCUGGGGCACUGACGAAGGGUGUCGCAGGGGUGAGAAGUGCGGUUUUGCACACGCCUGGGGAACGUUGGAGAAAUCCUCAAGGUGCUUGCUUUGCUCAUCAACAGGCCACCGUAAAAGGGAUUGUCCCACAGCCAAGCCUAAAGAUGGAAAUGGCUGGACACAGAAAGGUGACCGGAAGGUCGCUAAGGUCCUCAAUAAGAAAGGGGAGAAGAGCACUGAAAAGGAGAGCCAAAAAGAGUCAACAGUAGUGAAGGAGGCAGCGGAGGAAAAUCCGCAACCGGAAAAAAGAUCUGAGGGUUCCCAGCCCAAGCAGGAAGGUGACUUGGUGCAGAACCUCAACGGUCUGGUUAAGUCCAUGACGUCGAUCAAAUCGGUCUUCAUCAAGACGGUAAAAAUGGACAAGGAGUGCGGAGGAGAGUACGCCUUGCUAGAUGGGGGGGCGACUCACGCAUUGCGACAGGCGAAGAGCUCCGAAGUUCCGCAUCUUUGGCCAGUCCAAGUUGAAAUGGCGAUGGGAAGUGUCACGCUCUAUCGGUGCGCAGCGCACAAUACGCUGUUGGCACUGGAUAACGUGGAACCCAUAAUUCCAUUGCGGCUGCUAGUAGAUCACGGAUUCAAGAUCGACUGGCAGAAGGAUCGCUGUGACAUCUCACACCCGAAACAUGGGAACCUGCAGUGUGUCAGACGUCAAGGGUGUCCAGUGAUGGACAGAAGUGAAGCCUUGAGUCUCUUGGAGUCACUUGAGAAUGGUGGAGUGGGAGACUACUGUGAGCCACCGGCUCAGGAGAUCGAAUGGUGGAAGGAGAAGUAUCCACAGGUCCCUGAGAGAAUCUGGUCUUUGAUGAGGGGCCAAGGGCUGAACUGGGAAGAAAUUGCCUCCCCUUUGCCUUGGAAUAGGGCAAAGCGGAGGAGGUUGGAAAGAGCUCGAGGUGGUGUGGUGAUCCAUCUUUUCUCUGGGUCCGGGGGAGAAUCCAGGAGAUGGCGGGAUCUCACGGGAUCAGACACCGAGGUGCUGACCGUUGACAUCUCAUCGAACGCUCAAGAAGAUCUACACGCCGCUGGGGUGUGGGCGUAUCUGUGGGGAUUGGCUGAAAGGGGCCGGAUCCGGAUGAUAACCGCCGGACCGCCAUGCAGGACAGUGAGUCGUCUUAGGCAUAAGAUCCCAGGUCCUCGCCCUUUGCGUGGCAGAAAGAAUCACAGAUUCGCUUUGGAUGAGCUAACGGAAAGAGAAAUGACAAAGGUGGAUGGAGAUACCGCCCUGUGGUUGAAAACUCUUGGUCUCUAUGAGAAAUCUCAAGAGGGAAUGGUGGCGAAUGGCAUUCUGGGUCAGUGUGGUCUUCUGGUGGAAAGUCCCCAAGAUCCAUGCGAGUAUGUGGAAGAUGGGAAAGAGUAUCCGUCCUUCUGGGAAUGGGAGGAAACAGAAGAUUUCUUGAAACGAAACCCAGACAUGUUCAAGGUCAGGGUGGAUCAAGGGGCUCUAGGGCACCCACGCCCCAAACCCACAACGCUUCUGACCAACAUAGUCCAGCUGAAGGAACUUGAUGGGAUUACCUCGAAGGAAUCUGGAGAGAGUGUGUGCAUGGAUCUCCGGGAGCGGCUGAAGCAGACGGCUUCUUGGUCUGCAUGGGCUCCAGGUCUGAUGGCUGCUCUCAAGAUUGUGAUACCCAAAUUUCUGGCGAGCCAGGCUCAGCAACCGAUGCUGAGCAAGUUGGACUUAGCGGGAUGGAAGAAGCAUCUGCAGGCACAACACGUGCCAUACCGGCGGGACUGUAAGGUCUGCUUGGAAACCAUGGGCUCGGCUGAGCCACAUCGCCGAAAGAGGGGUCAAGAAUCCGCCUUUGUGAUGUCUGUAGACAUCUGUGGUCCGUUCAAAAAGGGCACCGACCUUGGUGUCUCCAAACGCAGAAAGGUAAAGUAUGCCUUGCUGGCGACUAUCCCUGUGCCUCAGUGGCCAAGUCCGGGGGAGAAGGAGGAUUCCACGGAGGCGGUGGAACCUCAAAAGGAAGAAGUUGUUCCCGAAGCUGAGGAAGUGGAAGCCUCCGGGGAGCUUCUUUUGGCUCCAGAGCCCAGGGAUCUGAUCCCAGAGGAAGAAGCCCGGAAGAGAAACCAGGCUUGGGAAGAGUUCGUCAAAAAGGAAGUCAAGGAGAUAUCCAAGGAUGUUCCAGUGGUGAACAUCACCUUCAUGGAGCCACUUGCGUCUCGUCACCAGAAUGAAAUUACAAAGGCACUGUCCAAAGUGCAUGCCCGGGCGAAGAGCCUUGGCAUACCCAUUUACCGUGUGCACUCUGAUCGGGAGCGAUCUUUCACAACCAAUCACGUGGCCAAGUGGUGCGAAAUGCGCCAGGUCCAUCAAACUUUCAAUGCAGGCGAUGAGCCUGAAGCCAAUGGACGAAUUGAAGGGGAAAUCAACCAAUUCAAGCGUCGACUUCGCCUUUUGUUGGCAGAAACGGGAGUGAGUCAUGACUACUGGCCAUGCGCGGCCCGACACGGAGUCGAGGAACGAUUGCGUGCCCAAAUGAGAAAGUUGGGGGCCAAGUGUAAGGAGAUGCCACCCUUUGCUGUGUUGGCUCAGGUUAAGGCCAAACUGUGGCAUCGUCGAAAAGAAGGGGCGUUGUCAUCCCCUUAUAAGACGCUUCGAAUUAUGGGCCCUUCACCUCAGAUGACUAACGGUUGGGUUGCUCUUGAUGAAGAAGCCAACCUUGUGCAGCACGCACGGUCCGUGUUCAUUCCUGAUCCUCUUGGAGAAACAGCUCGUUUGGAGCUGGAAACGGUCGAUGAUCCCAAGGAUCCUCCCAAAAGACGUCUCAAUGGGAAGCAGCCACUGGUUGUGGAGGUUUCCAAGAUCCCUUUACCACCUCCUAGGGAGGACCGUGAACUUGAGUCAUUGUUGGCUGUGGCCGACGCUGAGGAAGAAGAUGGGUAUGAGCCCUCUAUCUUGUCUGACUCUGAGUUGGUUCCACCUGAGGCAGAAUUGGGAUUGCCAGCUCUCAUGGCCUUACGAGCUGGGGGGGAGUCUCUUGUGGAUGGAACUCAACUUGAAGGUUGGGGGGAGAUCGAAAAGACGGAAGUAGAGGAGUAUGUGAAUGAGCUCCGCUACCAGCACUGGAAUCUGAGAAAACUUCUGCAGGAACAGGUGAAUGCAGUCGCUGGGACAGAAGAAGAAGGUGCGGCGCAAGGACAAGUCGUGCAACACGUGAGUACCCAAGUGAGAUGGCUGGAAAGUGAAUUGGAGCAUUAUUCCCGGAUCGAAGAAGAAGGUGCCAAGGUGGAGGCAUUGGAAGCUGAAGAGUGUGAGAGACAUGCCCGAAUCGCAGCUUUGUCGACGGAUGGCCAACCAGGGGAUGAGAACCAAGGUGUGAGCAGGCCCCCGACGGUCUUGCAAACCUACACUAUCCCCUUGACGAUGGUAAAGCGGGAUAUGGAAUCCUGGAUUGAACCAAUUAAGGCCGAGUACAACCCGCUUGUGUAUGAAAGCCAGGCGGUGAAACCGGUUAAGCUUAGUGAGUUGGAGGCCAUGGAAGGCUAUCAAGACAUGGAGCUAGCACCAAGCAAGUUGGUUGCCACAGUUAAAUCGCCAAAUGGGAAACGCAAGGCACGGAUUGUGAUCUGUGGAAACCUGGUGACGAAGGCUCACGAGGAUGGCAACAAGACUCAGGCGACUCCAGUGACGGCAGCGGACUUGUACGCUGGAGGAGCUGAUGCCACCGCCAUUCGAUGCAUGGUCAGAAAGACCGCCAUGAUGGAUGGGUGGGACAUGGGAGUCCUAGAUAUCAAGGGCGCGUUCUUGCUUGCCCCACGCCGAAGGGAGCAGGAGUGCCUGAUGAUGACCAUCCCACCGAAGCUGCUGGUGCAGGCUGGGAUCUGUCCGCCGGAAGAGAGGUGGGUGAUCCAAAAGGCGAUGUAUGGCCUGAAGACCAGUCCGGCCGACUGGAGUAGCUUCCGCGACCAAAGGGUCAAGAAAUUUGAGUGGAGCUCAAACGGUAGGUCUUUCUGGAUGCGUCAAACGGUCGAACCAAAUGUCUGGCAACUCGUGUCGAGCGAGGAGCCAGGAAGAGCGGACUCGGAUGAACGGGUAGAAGGUUUUUGUACCUUCUAUGUCGAUGAUGUCCUGGUCUGUGGACCAACUGAAGUAAUCAAGGGAUGUCUGAACCGAAUAAACCAGGAGUGGAACUGCUCCGAAGCGGAGUAUCUCUCAGAAAAGGGAAUGUUGAGAUUCUGUGGGAUGGAGUUGAAGCUGCACCCGAGGGGCGGCAUCCUCCUUUCCCAAGAAUCCUACACCAAGGAUGUGUUGGAUCGGUACCCAGAUGUACCAGAAGCGCUGGUACCAAUUGCAAGGACUGAGGAUGUUGAGGAAUCACCACCGGAGCCUGCAGAUGUCAAAAGGGCGCAGACUCUGGUCGGCGAACUUUUGUGGGUAAGCACAAAGACGCGGCCGGACGUGGCCUAUGCAGUGAGUUGGAUGGGUUCCCGAGCAUCCAAAUGUCCGAAGAGGGUUUGCCAACUUGGUAGGCAGACGCUUGGCUACUUAAAGGCCACAGUGGGUCAUGGUCUGCUAUACCAAAAGUGUCAAGAGGCCGACCGUGGGCCGAAUGGGAAUUUGGCAUUCUGCAGGGAUGCCAAUACGUUGGAAGUCCACUCGGAUGCGUCUUUCGGUCCAGGAGGGGAGAGGCUGCGCUCUAGGGCGUUGCACGAAGCGGUACAACAGGAGGUGUGGAAGGUGAAACACAUGGCGGGUGUGGAACUUGCGGCAGAUUUCCUGACGAAGCCAAUCACCGUUGGGGCUACUUGGCCAAGAUUCCGGAGGUUUGCAGGGCUCUACGACAUGGCUGAGCCGGAGGACCUGGAGACCUUGAAGAAGAUUGGAAUCUGUAGAGAAUGGGCUCUGAAGGGGCUGACUGUAGCUGUAGAGCUUGAAAGGAACUACUGCCCUUCGGGCUGCCCCAGUGUCCGGGCGCUCCGUGCUGAAGCCAUGGCGACCAGCGUUGCUGAUGCUGGUGGCGAGGGUGGAGAUGGUCCUGGUGAUGGUGGAGAUGAUCGUAAGCCGUGGCCGAAGAGCUCCAUGGACGAUGACAUCUACACCGGGGAGAAAAAGAAAAGGAAGAGAAAGAAGAAAAACAAGGCCGCGAAGGCUGAUCAAGGUGAAGAGAAGGGCCCAAGUGCAGAGGCCUGUGAUGAAGAAGAGAAGGAAGAUGAGUGGCCGAGCUGGGAAAACAGAAAGCUUGAGGAGUCCGAGGAAACAGUCGCAGGGGAGCCAGGGCCUGUGACGUUGAUGCAGGCUACUCCGAAGACAGCGACGAGUGCUGCUCCGCUACCAGCUCCUCUACCUCCUCAAGACAACGAACCUACUGGCGAAGAGGUUCCGACUGCGACGGGCAGUCAGCCAGCCUCUUCUCAGGGGCCUGAGAACCCAGAUGGAACCACUUACACUGUCCGUGGUCAUGGUCGCCGCGACAUUGAGUCAGGCUUCUUUUGGGGAGGCGAAAAGAUCGUGGUAUCCUUUGUGAAUGCGGAUGGUGACCUGGAAAUUCGCAGAGGUGACGGUUUGAUCGAGAUCCGUCCCCUUGAUGAGCCAGAAGGAAAAGGGAAAGGAAAGAACGGGCCAGAGGUCAUCAGCUCUGGUGAAGAGAAUGAAGAAGCGAACAGCGACCCAACUGGUCCCAAAGGAAAAGGAAAACCCGUUCCCGAACCUCUGCUACCACCGAGGCGAGGCAGCGUGGGCUCUUCAACUGCCAGUGGCGAUGGCCUUGGAUCUUCAACCGACCGACCAGUUCCUAGUGGAGAUCGCCGGCAGUCUUUGGGAAAAGGAAAAGGCCAGGGGACGACUCCAGGCGCCGCUGAGGAUGACGAUGAUGAUGCCUGGGGAAACUGGACUUCUCAGGGUUUGCAUGGAGCUGGAGAACCGGAAGGCGAGCCUCCAGCUGAAGACCAUCCACCUGAUGAGGAAGAAAAUGAGGACUAUGACAUCCAUGCGAGAAAGGACCUGGAUGAUGGCUCGGGAACCAAGCGUCCUCCGCCUGAUAGUGGGUCCUACAGCAUGAAGGCUAUGUGUGGAGAUCUUCUUCCUCUACGUGUGACUGUGGGCUUCGAGGAGGAUACCAACCGCCGCUUUGUCAAGACGGACCGCUGGGAUGUGGAGCCAGCGAACCCCGCUACUUCAAGGUGGACUGGGUGGACAUUCUUCCGCCUCAAGAAUGAAACUGGGACCGUGCAUGAUCGCACUGUGUCUCGGAGCUCUAGUGAUGAUGCUCGUGGAGAAGGGCAUCGUUUUCACCUACCUGAACGUGACGGAGCUGGAGAACCGCAUGAUCGUGGUGAGCUUCAGCCUGCAGUUUUGAGGUUGCCUGAUGGAGCCGAGGGGCAUCUUGGGCUUCUUCCUGACCUACCUGGUGGGGAAGAGAACCGUGUUGAUGUGAGCCGGGCGGCUACGGCGAAGUCCUACGCUCCGCUCCCAACACAAAGAGCACCUGCGGUGAGGCCAAAAGCACAGACUUCAGCUGGUCGACGAGCUCAACCGGUUUUGGCUGAUCUUCAGCGUAGAGAUGGCCUACCUCCUGCCGAAGAGGAACUGAGCGAUGGCGGCAGCUGGAGCGAGGUCUCUGGGGAGACCUGGUGA